CGUUUUUCGACGACCAGGCUGACUGCAUCAGAUUCUGACUGUCGGACCGUUUGCGAUCGCAGCAACGUAGCUUACCCACUACACCUGGCAUUAACGAACCGUACAUUCCAUGGAUUAUACGGUGUGCGGAUCCUGAAGUAUUAUCACUCUGCCCAUGAGCGCAGAAACGACGAUGGAAGAGUUGACUGAACAUAGACAAGUUGCUGAAAUAUAUAUUCCGUAUUCAUCAAGAGCACUUCAUAUACAGUUG